AAUGUGAAGUUCGGGGGUGUGUGCAUAGUGCCGUGAACCCGUGAGGCGAGUCUUCGUUGUAGAUUUUUGAAAUGGGACUUUGGUGACCCUUUUUACCGCGAUGAGGACCUUCCAACUCAGUAUCUUAGUUAAAACUUUCAAGAGUUCCUGGGCCAGAAACAAAGCUGGGUUUCAUUCAUGGGUUCAGCCCACAGGACAUAACACUGGAAUUGAGGUGUACAACUGCACGGCCAGGACGAUCGUUCCAGUUAUUCUGCGAGAUGGGAAUGUUGCUAGCUGGUAUACCUGUGGUCCAACAGUGUACGCUCCCUCACAUUUGGGUCACGCCAGUUGUUAUGUUAAAGUGGACAUCAUUCAAAGGAUCUUGAGGAAACACUUCAACAUAAACCUCGUAACUGCUAUGAAUAUUACCGACAUCGACGAUAAGAUUAUCAGGGCAUGCAGCGAGGGAACGACCUGGCAAGAGGUGGCAAAAGCUAACGAGGCAAGCUUCUGGGAGGAUUUGAAGGGACUUAACGUCUUGGAACCUGAUAUCAAGCUGAGAGUCUCCGAACAUAUACCGCAUAUAAUCGAUUAUAUUUCAAAACUUGUUGACGAAGGCGCUGCCUACGUAGGUAAAGAUAAUUCUGUUUACUUUAAAGUAGAGCAAUGUAGGAUCUAUGGCAAAUUACAAAAAGUAAAUAUGGAGAAAGGAGUUGAACAUGAUGUCAAGGAAGCAGCGGUUGAUUUUGUUUUAUGGAAAGCUGCAAAACCGGAGGAACCGUUUUGGGACUCACCUUGGGGACAGGGUCGCCCAGGCUGGCAUAUUGAAUGCAGCACAAUGGCUAGUAAGAUAUUUGGUGACUGUAUAGAUUUUCAUGCUGGUGGGUUGGAUUUACGAUUUCCACAUCAUGAAAACGAGGAAGCUCAAAGUUGUAUGUACCACGGAAAAUCGCAAUGGGUGAACUACUGGCUUCACGCUGGUCAAUUGUACGUUAAAGGCCAGGACGAAAAGAUGUCGAAAUCCUUACAAAACACUGUGAGCAUAAAAGACUUCCUUCAAAAUCAUAGAGCAGACGUUUUUCGGAUGGCAUGUGCUCUUUCAAACUAUCGCAAUGGAAUGAUUUACGGUGAUGAAACUUUAAUCACUGCUCAAAAAACCCUUCAAACACUAAUUGCAUUUCUGUCUGACUGUCAGGCGUACAUAGACGGCAAGAUACCUACAUCUGAAUUUAAUUCAUCGCAAACACUUGAAAUGAUUUCAAAGACCGAAUCAUUAGUGGACACUGCCUUGAAGUCGGAUUUUGAUACAUCAAAAGCGAUUGGUCAUUUGAUUCAUCUUGCUUCCUUUGUGAGCAAAGGUAUUCAUUCGCCAAACACCCUUAAAUGGCUAAUUCGUAGCAGCAACGUAGAUUCUGUGAUAGCGGCUCGAAAUUACUGCGAAAAAAUACUAUCAACAUUUGGAUUCGAUGUACGUAAACAAGGAAUGAACAGUUUAGUCGGAUCAGAGACGGUGGAUAUCGGAGCCAUUCUGGAAAAUAUCAUCGCUUUGAGGAGGACUAUUCGAGAUCAGGCGAAAAGUGCUAAAAAUAAGGAUCUCUUCGCAGUGUCGGAUGAUAUAAGAAAUGCUUUAGAGUCUAGUGGAAUUGAAGUAAAAGAUCAUGAAAAAGGAAGUUCAUGGCAGUUUGUUAAAAAAUAAAUCGAUUUUAUAGAUAA